GUCUCACUGCAGGGGGCCCCGCGGGGCUCAGUGCUGCUGCGGCCGCCUCCUGCUCAGGUCCGGGGGUGCGGUCGUGCAAUAGGAAGCCGAGGGCGUUGCAAGCUUCCCUUCGGGCACCAGCUACCUGGCUCCACGUCCUGUCGGGUGCAUUCCACAGACACCCCCGGAUCCUCCACCUGUGGCCCCUAGAACUCCCUGCCCGCGUCCGCCAUGCCUCUCAGCCGCACUUUGUCCGUGUCCUCGCUGCCGGGACUGGAAGAUUGGGAGGAUGAAUUCGACCUGGAGAACACGGUGCUCUUCGAAGUGGCCUGGGAGGUGGCCAACAAAGUGGGCGGCAUCUACACGGUGCUGCAGACGAAGGCGAAGGUGACAGGAGAUGAGUGGGGCGACAACUACUACCUGGUGGGACCGUACACGGAGCAGGGCGUGAGGACCCAGGUGGAGCUGCUGGAGCCGCCGACCCCGGCUCUGAAGAGGACGCUGGACUCCAUGAACAGCAAGGGCUGCAAGGUGUAUUUUGGGCGCUGGCUGAUCGAAGGGGGCCCCCUGGUGGUGCUCUUGGAUGUGGGAGCGUCAGCCUGGGCCCUGGAGCGCUGGAAGGGGGAGCUCUGGGACACCUGCAACAUCGGGGUGCCCUGGUACGACCGCGAGGCCAACGACGCCGUCCUUUUUGGCUUCCUCACCACCUGGUUCCUGGGUGAGUUCCUGGCCCAGAGCGAGGAGAAGCCACACGUGGUGGCACACUUCCACGAAUGGCUGGCGGGGGUCGGGCUCUGCCUGUGCCGGGCCCGGCGGCUGCCUGUGGCCACCAUCUUCACCACCCACGCCACGCUGCUGGGGCGAUACCUGUGUGCCGGUGCCGUGGACUUCUACAACAACCUAGAGAACUUCAAUGUGGACAAGGAAGCAGGCGAGAGGCAAAUCUAUCACCGCUACUGCAUGGAGCGGGCAGCAGCCCACUGCGCUCAUGUCUUCGCUACCGUGUCCCAGAUCACCGCCAUCGAGGCUCAGCACCUUCUCAAGAGGAAACCAGAUAUUGUGACCCCCAACGGACUGAACGUGAAGAAGUUCUCUGCCAUGCACGAGUUCCAGAACCUCCACGCUCAGAGCAAGGCCCGGAUCCAGGAGUUUGUGCGGGGCCAUUUUUAUGGGCACCUGGACUUCAACUUGGACAAGACCUUGUACUUCUUCAUCGCCGGCCGCUACGAGUUCUCCAACAAGGGGGCCGACAUCUUCCUGGAGGCCUUGGCCCGGCUCAACUAUCUGCUCAGAGUCAACAACAGUGAGCAGACCGUGGUCGCCUUCUUCAUCAUGCCCGCGCGGACCAACAACUUCAACGUGGAAACCCUCAAGGGCCAGGCGGUGCGCAAGCAGCUUUGGGAUACGGCCAACACGGUGAAGGAGAAAUUCGGAAGGAAGCUUUAUGAAUCCUUGCUGGUGGGGAGCCUCCCAGACAUGAACAAGAUGCUGGACAAGGAGGACUUCACGAUGAUGAAGAGAGCCAUCUUUGCCACGCAGCGGCAGUCUUUCCCCCCUGUGUGCACCCACAAUAUGCUGGACGACUCCUCAGACCCUAUCCUGACCACCAUUCGCCGAAUUGGCCUCUUC